ACCGUGGGCAAAAACAGGCACGCACUGAACUCUCUAUAUACACAUUGUUUUUCUAUUUCUCUGAAACCGAUAAGAUAAACACUUUUUUUCACUUGCACUUUAACGAAUAGCGAAACCAAGCGAAACACUUGCAUUGUUUUUAUUCUAUUUAUAAAUUGUGAUGACAUUUUUUUCCGAAUAAUUUUUUCCCUCCCUUUUACAUAUACACUGAAGCACAUGUGUAUUUAUAUUAUUCUCAAUAAAAACGAUACGUGCAGCAAAUCUUAUCUCUUUACGCGGCUGUCAAAAUAUCUGACAAAGAAUAUCAACUCAUCCCGAUUCAAUUGAGUUGUAGAGGUUAUAUCGAGUCGAUCACGUUGGAAAGAUGAAUUUUUGGUAAACCAUUAUCAGCAGUUCUUAACCUGUGAAAUUCCAAUGAAACUCAGCGCGAACCUUUGACGUAUAUAUAGCAUUUCAUUCGAUAUUUACGUAAACCUCAACACUAACAUUGUUUUUGUUAGUAAAUCAUAGUAUAAUUUCGCUGUUUACAUGAUUGAAAAAACUCGUUGGCCGCAAUCUUUCUAUAAAAAGCAAAUCGGAAAAGAAAUUGUGGUUAGAAUUGGAAUCGAUUUACAUUGCACGAACCGCAUAUUCACUUGGCGCAGGAAGAAAGGAAACUCGUUAAAAGUUCAAUCUACUUCUCUCCGUUGCUCUACGUUUCAUAUUUAUUGAAUCACUAAAUUAUUUAUCAGAGGCACGUAAUACGUUUCUGCUCGUGAAUUUUUUCUGAGGUCGAUUGAUUUUUGCGAAGAGGCGCAUCGUGUAACGAGGUCCGCUCAGUUGGUGGAGAGAUUUUGACGAGUGAAAAGAAUCUACGCGGAUCGGACAUAAAAAAUGUAUUUUAUUUUUUUCUUAGCACUCGUGAAUAUUAAAUUCAGUACAGGGUUCAAUGAUUUUCCAUCUCUCAUGAUCGCUAAUGCAACAAUGGCUGUCGUAAUCGAGAGACCUUUUUUCGAGGUUAAGGCCGUCAAAAAACGACACACGGUACGUAACGCUUACGAGAAAAAACUCGAGGCUCUCGUGAGGACGAUAACGGAAGCUGCGAAAGCUCGAGACUCGGAUAGCAAUGUUGGAAUGGAGAUAAACGUGUUUCAGGAAACGAGCGUGAAUCUCGCCAGAGAUUACACGGUUUUGCUGUCCGUUGCGAGCUGCCAUGAGACUUGGAGCUUAUUUCAACGUGCUCGGAAGGAGAAGCUCGUUCAUCUCGCGAUAACCGAUCACGAUUGUCCACGAUUACCGAGCGCCUAUGGAAUAAGUGUCCCGAUAGUGGAACCGAGUCAAGAGUUGCCUCAGAUGUUACUGGACUUGAGGGUGGGCAGAGUCAUUUCGUGGACGAAAAUAAACGUUCUUCACGAUCAUAUUUUUGAGAGAGACACGAUCGGCAGCGUCUUCAGAGCUUUGUUCGGUGAGAUCCCGAACGUUCCUCACCUCGGAUUGUCGUCACAAUGCUUUUUUUCCACUGGAUCGUCGAAUCAUUCGAUGUCGAUGAAGAAGCAUCGGAUUAUGGAGACCCUACAGAAGUUUCCGCGUGAAAGAUUCUCGGGUGAUCGAUUUCUCGUGAUCGUCAGUACCGAUAUUGUAACAUUGAUCAUUGAAUCCGCGCGAACUUUGGGACUUCUGCAUCCGGAGAGCCAGUGGCUUUUCGUUUUAUCCGACAGUGCUGAAAAUCCUUCAAAUGUGACAGAACUCCAAAAACUUUUGGCCGAAGGCGAGAACAUUGCGUUUAUCUGUAACGUUACGAAUUUCGACGAGGAUUGCAAGGUGGGUCUGGAGUGUCAUGCGAAAGAAAUGGUCACUUCUCUUAUAGCAGGUCUCACAAGUGCUCGGAGACAAGAAGUCGAAUUGUAUGAGAAAAUUACCGAUGAAGAAUUCGACGCCGUGCGGAUGACCAAGGCAGAGCGAUGUGAACAGCUUGUCUCAUUCGUUCGCGAUGAUUUGUACAAGCCCGAUGGCGAAAAAGAGCGAAAGCGAAAAUGCGACGAUUGCCUAACGUGGAAGAUGUUAGCCGGUAUUACCUGGGGCAAUUCGUUUCAUCGUAAAAACAAGAGCGAGGCUCAUCAGCUGAUCGACGCAGGCUUUUGGACGCCUGGACAAGGCUCUGCACCAAAGGAACUACUUUUCCCCCACUCCGAAUACGGUUUCAGGAACAAAGCUCUGCCAAUCGUGACGUACCACAAUCCUCCGUGGCAGUUUAUUUCGAAAUCGUUGGAAACCGGCCAACUCAAAUGGGACGGACUGGUCUUUGACAUCGUCAACGAACUGAGCAAAAAACUCAAUUUCACGUGCAAACUCGUUGAAUCAGGGACGAGGACGAUUGAGAGUGAAGAGCACGCGAAAAAGUUGAAAAAUCGUACUGAAACCGGUGCCAAAAACGAGGAAUUCAUCAGAACUUUGACCUCGUCGGGUGAGAGAAUCCCGAACGACAUCGCGGAUUUGGUGCGCAGCGGGCAAGUUUUCAUGGCUGCUUGUGCUUCCACUAUCACCGAAAAUCUUAAAUCUUCGUUCAAUUUCACGGCUCCCAUAGCCGUACAAACUUAUGGCCUUCUCGCACCAAGACCCAAACCGCUGUCCAGAGUUAUGCUUUUCGCAUCGCCCUACACGAUUGAGUCCUGGGCUUGUCUCGCUGGCGCUGUUGUCUCGGUCGGCUCGAUACUGUACCUCGUGCAUGAAUACAGUCCAUCCAAUUUGAACGGUCCUCAAUCAAUCCAAUUCGGGCUGAGCACACCGGCGAAAUGCCUUUGGUAUAUCUACGGCGCUCUUCUUCAGCAGGGUGGUCUCCGCAUACCGGAAAACGACGGUGCGCGUUUAAUCGUCGGAACUUGGUGGCUCGUCGUAAUGGUCGUAGUGGCAACAUAUUCCGGAAGUCUCGUGGCCUUUCUAACGUUUCCACGAAUGGACGAGAGUAUUUCCACGCUCGAUGAUAUUUUUAAACGCAAGGAAAGCCUGACCUGGAGUUUGCCGGCGAAGAGUUAUCUCGUCGAGUAUUUGACGAGCGGUAAGAGCGGUCCUUACGACGGUUUGUUGGGGGACGAUGCGCAUCAGCCGGAGAGACACGACGCGAGCAAUUACGAGACGAUGAUAAAUCGCGUCAAGGAUGGGACGCACGUUCUCGUCGAUUGGACAAGUUCGUUAAGGAUGCUCACGAGAAUCGACAACCCGUUGACCAACGAUGGUGUUUGCCAUUUCUCCAUUGGCACCGAGACCUUCGUCGAGGAAUCCAUCGCCCUGCUUUUGCCACUGGGAAGCCCUUACCUCCCUCUGGUCAACACGCAAUUGAAGAGAAUGAAAGAGUCGGGUUUGAUAGACAAAUGGAUAAAGGAUCGAAUGCCCAUGAAAGACGAGUGCUGGGAGGGCUCGAGUUUGAACAACCAAGUCAACAAUCACAAAGUCGACGUUUGGGACAUGCAAGGAAUAUUUUUCGUCCUAUUUCUCGGUGAGUUUUUCGAGUCUGUUAACAUCCAAACAUUUCACAAGUUUCUCAAUCCCUCAGGAUAUUUGAUCUCGCUGCUUUUUCUCGGCUGGGAAUUACUUUCUCGCUGUCGUCAAGUGGCGAAGGAGCGAACGAUCAUUCGCCCUUUUCUUUCCUGAAUUUACGGCGAUUUCGCGAGAUUCGGCGUCGAAAUUCACCCUCACCAAACACCGAAGAUCACCAGUACGAAUAUGCACACGUGCGAAUGCACAUUAUAAGCUACGAUUGCGUGACUCCGCUCGCUCUCCAUGCACACUCAGCUUUAUCCAAUCGCGAUAAUUGCACAGUAUCGUGAACGGCGUCGUCGUGUGUUAGCGCACUAAUUCCACUGCAUUAUCCCCUGUGAAAAAGGGCACAACGGUACACGCAGAUUAUACUAAACAAUUGCAUAACUCCGUAGCUGCGAGAAAGUUUAACGCGGUCUCACUCCCACUCGAUGGGAUUUCUUUCGCGCACAUUUCUUUUCCUAAUUCUUCGUACCAUCGCGCAAUGCGAAUUCGCGCAACUUCCUUCAGGGUCUACGUGCCUUUGGGGACUAUUUUGACAAUCCUAUCAACCGAGUUUAAGGAGUUUCGGUACAGAAGUCAAAAUAUUAAGAAAUUGAUCAAAUUUGGUGAUAAUGUUCUUCAACAUCAAGUGCGAAAACACAAAUUUUUUCAAAAUUUUCUUCUACUUAGUUAUCGAG